GUGUCGCGCGUGCUUGGAAGCUGUAUCGCUCGGAGCCCGGCUGUUAUGACGGCCAUCGCUGUCUUCCCAUAAGUGGCUAGGUUGGAGGAGUGUAUAGCGUUUUCGAAGAUGGCUGUGGUUAUUACUUCAGAAGAGAGCGAUCUCUUCUCUUCCUCUCCUCUACGACGGUCACACUCGCAGUCUAAAUUCAUGUCUAGCGCUCGCUCACAAGGAUUUCACACUUCAGCCUCGACAUCUAGAAUAGACCAGCUAUUUCGUGAUAACUAUCGCCAUAAACCCAUACAAAUUGUCCCCGAUUCGAGCCCAUCCUCCAGUCCGCCUUCUCCCAGCACGGUCCAUGCUGAAAGCGAGUAUGACCCUUCGUAUAUAUCUACCCCCGCCACGAGCCUGUCAUUAGACGGACAAUACGAGGAUGACCUUGCCAUUCAUCCUCAAGACUCGUUGCUUCUCUCUGAGUAUGGCGACAAUCCAUAUUUCAUGAUGGACGGGCUGGAGGAAGUGGAGGAAGUGGAGGAAUUGGAGCCUUCACCUAGCCCUCAAGCUGGCGAUUCAUCACUAGCAUCACCAGAUGAUGACGUAUCUGCUGUGACUUCCCGACCAGAAUCGCCCGUCGCGCCAGAACAUGCCGAAGACGACACAGCUGUCGAGCAUCACCCUACUCAGCAUGUGGACUACUUGUCACACGAUUGGAAGGAAGAAGACAUAUGGUCAUCGUGGCGCUACAUAAUAUCCAAAAGAACAGAGUUUGCUAAUUCAGCACGGCUCGAAAAUGCAUCCUGGCGGACGUGGAUGAAGGCUAAAUACAAAUUGAGAACAGUAUCGCCUGAGACUCUUAACUGGCUGAAAGACUGCGAUGUAACAUGGCUCUACGGACCUCUACAGACAUGCCAGUGCAAGUUGUUUCCCAACAGUCCCGAACGAGGUAGCUCGACUUUAUCUAGAUCAGAUUCCUUCGUCCACAAAAAACCCAUCUUGAAGAAGAGGUCCAUGUCAGAAGUCAUGCUCCAGAGGUCACUCUCCUCAUCCUCUCUUCUCAAGCAAGCUGCCGCUGCUGUGCAAGCUCAACAGAAAGACGGCACUAGUCGGAUAGGCCGUCCUAUUAUAUAUCGUGCCCAUACAGAUCUCAUUACUUUUCCAUUCUCUAAGCGCAGGAGAAGCAGGAGAAACACGAGUCUUAUGCCCUCGACUGACACAUCAGGUCUAGCAUCCCCUGCAACGGAAAGAAAGCACAUUCACUUCGAUGAGCAAGUCAAACAGUGCAUAGCUGUUGAGAUCAAGGGUGACGAUGAUGACGAUGAUGAGCCAGAUUCCUACCGCUGGAGCUACGAUGAUAGUGAUUCCGACAGCAGCGCUAUCAUGAUGAAGACGACUAAGUCCAAGAAGAAGCCGAUAUAUUUACGAAAGAAGCCUACGCCCAACAGUAACAACGAGAGCAAAACAAUCGCGAUGCUCCCAUCAACUACUCUCAAGUAUAGAGAAGACUCUCCGGCACCUGAUAGCGCUGCUAAACACAGCACAAGCAGUAUGCAAAGCCCAACUAUAUCGCCAUCUUCAUCCCAGGAAACCUUACGGCCAUCCAAACCAUCAGGGCCUUUUCACCAGCACAGUGAUGUGAAUGAUGUGCUUGUUUCAGCCCAUAGUAGCGAAAGUUUGGCGAAAGAACCUACACGGCAAUCAGGAUUACGCCACUCUCUUUCCCCCAGUACAUUGGGCGACGAAGAAGGGCCAGCUGGCAUGCGUCGAACUGAGUCUGGCAUGUUUAUGCCAUAUGAAGAAGGCGAGGUGCAGCCUAAUGAUGGUAUUAUCGGUCGCGUGAUCGACACAGUCAACACGGCUAGGGAUAUUGCUCACGUCAUCUGGAAUGUUGGCUGGAGAAGGUGACAACUAUUGGUAUUGCUAAUAUGCAUCAUCAUUGAACUUGGAUUCACCUACACGACACCCUACUUGAGGGACUGACCUGGAUCCACAGCAACAAAAUCUGUUAUGUAAAUUUGUGUUUGUUUCUGCUU